CGCCAGCCUCCAGCCACACGCACAGCCGGGGCCACAGCUCCCAUGCGCGCCCCACGCGCACCACAAACCUGCCCGUUCUCUUUGUUUACUUAUGCCUCUGGAUCAAUGGAGACAACCUGAGCCGGUGGGAUAUUCUUGCGGAGUAACAGGUCCCGUUUCCUUCAAGGACCAGAAAAAAAGAAAGGGAACAAAAAAGGAGGAAACAACUUUAUUUUUUAUUUUUCCUCUUUUGAAAAUACUUCAAUCAUUAACUACUAGACUUCCACCGGGACUCGGCGCCAUCUCAGGGGGUGAGAGAUGGAGAACGGGACGUCGGAGGACGUGGAUGCCAUGUGGGACAAGGUGGAGUGCAAACGCUACGAACUGUGUCGCGCCAUCUCCCCCGCAAAGCUCACCCCGUACCUCCGCCAGUGCAAAGUCCUGGACGAGCAGGACGAGGAUGAGAUUCUGAACUCUCCGGUGCUGGCCUCCAAAGCAAACCGCACGAGCCGUCUUCUAGACAUACUGCGGACUAAAGAGGAGCGGGGGUAUGUGGCAUUUCUGGAGAGUUUGGAGUUUUACUACCCCGAGCUGUACAAGCUGGUCACAGGGAAAGAGCCCACGCGGCGUUUCUCCACCAUCGUCGUGGAAGAAGGUCACGAGGGUUUGACCCACUUUCUCAUGAAUGAGGUGAUGAAACUGCAGCAGCAGUCCAAAGUCAAGACCCUGCAGCAUGUGGAGCUCAGCAAGAAGAACUGCACCCUGGAGGACGAGCACAAAAAGCUGCGUCUGGCCUAUCAGGAGCUUCAGGCCUUCCAACAGAGAUACAAUAAGUUGAGAGAAGAGAGGAACUCCUACAGCGACGAGCUCCUGCGAGUGAAGGAUGAAAACUACAAACUGGCCAUGCGGUACGCCAGCCUGAGCGAGGAGAAAAACAUGGCGGUGAUGCGGAGCCGAGACCUUCAGCUGGAGAUUGACCAGCUGAAGCACAAGCUGAACAAGGUGGAGGAGGAGUGCAGGAUGGAGAGGCGGCAGAGCCUCAAGCUGAAGAACGACAUCGAAAAUCGACCCAAGCGAGAGCAGAUCUUUGAGCUGGAAAGAGAGAAUGAAAUGCUGAAGAUUAAGCUACAGGAGCUACAGUCUAUCAUACAGCCUGGCCCCUUGCCUGAGUCAGACAAGGCCAUUCUUGACAUUUUGGAGCACGACAGACAGGAAGCUCUGGAAGACAGACAGGAUCUGGUCAACCGCCUCUACAACCUACACGAAGAGCUCAGACAGGCGGAGGAACUACGAGAUAAGUACUUGGAGGAGAAGGAAGACCUUGAGCUGAAGAGCUCCACGCUUCAGAAAGACUGUGAGAUGUAUCGCAAUCGCAUUGACACCAUAACUUCACAGCUCGAGGAGGUGGAGAAGGAGCGGGACCAGGCGUUCCGAGCCAGAGACGACGCCCAGCACCAGUUCUCGCAGUGUCUCAUCGACAAAGACAAAUAUCGCAAGCAGAUCAGAGAGCUGGAGGAGAAGAGCGACGAGCUCCACAUUGAGAUCGUUCGCAAAGAAGCCAAGGUGGUCACGCUCAACGGCCGCCUAAGACGGAUGUCCAAGGACACACCCUUGGACCAGAGCUUACCGCGGGACCUUCCUCCAACCAUUAUCUCUCAGAUGGAGGAUCUGAAACCAGUCCCGAGCCAGUCAGAAUGGUCCAGUGAUGAGUCACACGAGGAGAAACCUCGGCUCACUCGCAGGCCUAACCUUAAAGCCAUGAGACCCAAGUCUCCUGUUUGCAUGCCGAGAGACUCUCAGAAUCACCGUCCUGUUAACGGAGAGUUCCUGGAUAUUCAGCAGGCGAACCACCACGGCGGCAGCCAUUCCCUCCCCCAGUCGCCCAGCUUCACUGUUUCCCCCACGUAUCCUCCGUCUUCAGCCCCCCCCCUCUCCUCCUCCCCAACUCCCUCAUUCCCCAAUCUGGAAACAACAAGACCAAACUUGGCGCGCCUCCGGAAUGACAGCAUCCUGUCCAUCCUGGCGGAGCCCCCAGAGAAGGCCUCACUGUACCGAAGAGAAAAGGAGACAGACCGCGUCUUUCAGAUCCGCACGCCCUUGGACUUUGAAAGUGACACCAUGGAAAUAGAGGGUGAGGACGGUCCAAACUCUGUGAUCUCGUCGUCGUCCUCCCAUCAGUCGGAGGGGAUGGACACCUACGAUCUGGAGCAUGUGAACAGCAUCUUCAGAAAGCUCUCCUUGGAGAGGCCCUUCCGCCUGUCGGUGUCCUCCCUGGCCAGGAUGGGCUCGUCUGUGAAGCCCGUGCAGGAGCUGUCGGUGCAGGGAGACAACCUGCUGAAGGACAUCACCCUGGUCGGGGGCAACGACAGCGGGAUCUUCAUCUCGUCGGUUCAGUCGGGGUCCAACGCCGAGAGGGCGGGCUUGCGAGAGGGCCACCACCUUCUGCUGGUAAGGGUUCGGAACACUGUGUGGAACCAGCGCUGGUACAAGAAGAUGAACGUUCAGCAAAUGUACCUCAUUUUUAUCCCACUUGAGGGGUGCGUACGAGGGGAAAACCAAAGCAUCUCCCUGGAUACCAGUACUCAAGAAGAAGCACACUGGACGUUGCAGCACUGCUCUGGACCCAUCAAGCUGCACUACAGAGCCAGUUUCGACUUGUAUCAUCGCUUCCAGAGCAAUCUAACGGAUGGCAAGCUAGCGUCCGGCGACUCCUUCCACAUACGGGUCAACCUCAACAUCUCCGGCCAGUCGGACAGCUGCUCCCUGAGCCUGCUCUGCGACGAGGUGGUGCACGUGCUGGACACCAGGCACCAGGGCCACUGCGAGUGGAUGUGUGCCCGCGUGGACCCUUACACCGGCUCCGACCUGGCCGAGCGGGGCACCAUCCCCAGCUACUCACGGUACGGGGGCGCCCUUCCCCUCAAACCGCUGACUCAGCGUGGUGUGCGUGUGUUUGUGCAUAUUUGUGAAUAUAGCGCACAGCAGUUGCUUCUGGUGAAGAUUCAGAAGCUACUAUGUCGAGGGGGGAGAGAAGACAAUGAAAGCCACCGUAACAGCAAGAACAACCUACAGCCGGAGGAGUCCAGCUCCUCUCCUGACCCCAGAGCAAGCCCACGCUUGUCCAGAGCCAGCAUCUUCCUCACUCAGAUACUGCAGUUCGUCAGCAGGGUGGACAUCAAGUACAAGCGCAUGAACAGCAGCGAGCGCGUGAGGAUCAUCAACUCUGGCAGCACAACACUACCCAGACAAAGCUUUGAGGCGCUUAGACCUGAAGACGCUGCUGAUCCGGACAAUGAGCUGAGCAGGGGUCUGAACCUGAUUCCUUACAGUUCGGUCCUCCCUCAGCGGACCCCGAGACGGCGACCGGUCCUAUUCACUCCGGCUGCUCUGGCCAAAACCAUUAUCCAGAAAAUCCUGAACAUGGGAGCGGCCAUGGACUUUGAUAUUUGCAAACCAGAUACUCUGUCCAAAGAGGAGUUUCAUCUGAAACAGAAUGUGGAACCCUUCAUUCACUACAAAGAGAAACAGGCCACGUUUGAAUGCAUCACCCGGGAAAACAUUGAGGCUGUCGCAGCCAAAGGAAAACACUGCCUGCUGGAGGCUGAGCUCAGCUGCGUCAAGGACCUUCUACGGAGAGAAAUCUACCCUAUCAUCAUUCAUGUCAAGAUCUGUGACAAGAAUGUAAAGAAGUUGAGGAAGUCGCCCCUGCGCGUGGAAUCGGAAGAAGACUUUGUGAAGAUAUGUCGGGCGAAAGAGAAGGAGCUGGAGGGCAUUCCCUGCCUCUAUGCCACAGUAGAGCCCGAAGCCUGGACAGGGAUAGACGAAAUGAUCAAGGUCAUCAAAGACCGGAUACAGGAGGAGCAGAAGAAGAUAAUCUGGGUUGAACAGGACCUCCUGUAGACAUAGACUGUUACACCAUCAUCUGCACACGUGUAGCUACACGCCGUUUAACACAAACCUUGUACUAAAGAUACCUGUCUUUAAUAUUUAUGCUCAGACAGAAAAUGCAUGUAUGGCUACAAAACAAAAGACCUAAAUAAACAGAUUUUUGUAAAUGUGUGUUUCUGAUUGAAACAAUCAACCUAGGUAUGGAAAACAUGCACA